GUCUGAUGAAGUGCAUGAGUUGUACUUGUGUGAAGGAAAGAAGUGUUCAUUGUUCAGUGGAUCCAACAACGUGAGUUUCAGUGUCAGCUGUAUUGGACUGCUGUUAGCUUGGUUGGGCUCCUUCGACUUUCCGGUCGGUCUAUUGUGGUGGUUCUCUCUUCCCUUCGAGCCUCCCCUCGCACCCCUCCCAGCAUGGCCCCCACUCAUGCCUCCCCCGCCCCCUCCAGCGGCUCAUCGGCCAGUGCUACCGGGAUUCGAGCCAUUCUCUUGGGUCCGCCGGGUGCCGGUAAAGGUACGCAAGCCCAACGCAUGAAAGAGUUCUUCUCGGUGUGCCAUCUGGCCACGGGUGAUCUGCUCCGGGCCGAGGUCAAACGCGGCACGCCUCUCGGACAAGAGAUUAAGGGCGUGAUUGACGACGGUCGUUUAGUCCAGGACGAUUUGGUGUUGCGAAUGGUGUCGGAAAACCUGGAUUCGCCGCGUUGUCAGAACGGCUUUUUGCUUGACGGAUUCCCGCGGACCGUCGGACAGGCCGAGAAGCUCGAUAUCAUGCUGGAACAGCGUCAGGAGCCUUUGGAUGGGGUGAUCGAGUUCCAAAUCGACGACUCGCUCCUGGUCAAACGGAUCUGCGGGCGGUGGUUCCAUUUGGCCUCGGGUCGAUCCUAUCACGAGGAGUUUGCCCCGCCCAAAACGCCGGGAUUGGACGAUAUGACGGGCGAGCCGCUCAUUCGGCGGGCCGAUGAUAACCCGGAGACCUUGAAGAAACGCUUAGAGGCCUACCAUAGACAGACCAUGCCUCUGGUCUCUUACUACCAACGCCGUGGGCUCCACAAUGGUAUUAAUGCCGCCUUGGACUCCAAAACUGUGUUCUCGAAUAUCCGAAGCAUCUUUGAGAAAGCCGAAGGGUUUUCGCAAUCGUUAUCCACCCAAAAAGCUAGGUUAUAGCCCACUUUUCAUAUGGCGCACCCCAGAGCAUUACGAUGGCACAGCCAUUGCCCAUCUACCCAACAACUUUUUCCUUCGUAAACCCAGAAGAAGCCAAAAGAUCCACCAAGGACGACAGAGUCUCUGGUGAAAGUGGGAACCGAAUGCAUUCAAGACAGUGGCAUUUCCAAUGCGCCGAUGGACGCCCGUGAACCAGCAACUAUUUUUUUAGCUCAAGAAAUCGUCGUCCUUAGUCGUGUUUAAAUCUUGUUUUGUUUGGCUGUUUUCUCUUAAA